ACGGGAUGCAAUGCGAUGGGAGCAAGAUGGAAUAAAUGCGAUUGUACCUGCAGGUUUUCUACCGACCGUAGAGGGGUCUGCCAUUGUCAACUUUUUAAAUAUUUCCAGUGUCCCCCACGAUUUUGUCCGAGCGAUUUUGGUCAAAUUUUAGCCUACCAUUCCAAACUAACCCAAAUCUUGGUACUCAAUCUCCAACUUGGUCGCAAUUAUUCGACCUGAACCUGGUUAAUAUACAAUAACGAACAAGGCAUCGACACGAAAAUAAAAAAUAUCCACUUCACCAAAACCCAAAAUGCCCACCAUGCUAGGCCUCACCAACGGCGGCGGACGCUCGGCGUCGCAGUCUUCGUCUGACGGGGACGACGAGCCCAAGAAGAAGCCCCUCAACACCAUCAGCCGGCGCAACCACGCCGACGCCCUCAACAUGGAGACGCUGCUGUGGCGGGCCAUCUGCGACGAGCCGCGGUCGGCGGGCGAGUACAUCGCCGACGACUGCGUCAUGCUCAACCCCGUCAGCUUCGGCACCGACGACAUGAUGGAGAGCAAGGAGGACAUCAUGAAGCAGCUCAAGCGCAGCGAGAGGUGGGCCGGCUUCAAGAUUGGCGACGACAAGCAGGUCGUCGAGGCCGGGCUCAUGGCCGUCACCAACCUCUACCGCAUCGCCCUCUUCCGCCAGACCAAGAAGGGGCCCGAGCAGGUCGACGCCCUGGUCCACUCGUGCUGGAGGCAGAACGCCGGUGCCGAUUGGCACCUGGUCAGCCACCUCGUUUCGUACGCCGACUGAUUCUCUCGUGUGGGGGGAAAAGACAAAAAGUCGGGGGGCUUUUGGGAUGAGGAUGGGAUGAGACGCACCGAUGGCAUCAUGAAAUGGCGGAGGAGUUGGGUGGAUGUUUUUGUCUUUUUUUUUUUUUGUACUAUUUGUUCUUAAUCGCAUGUAAUCCUUGGGGAGUUUGCCAUGUUUUCUUGGCUUUUUCUUUGUAUUUUCUUUUCAGCUCUCAGCUAUAAUUGCACAUCCCAUCCUUUGUUCCAACUUCCAACUCAUCUUCAUCGUCAAAUGUCUCACAGCUUCAUCGGGUCGUCAUACCCAUCGAAAAGAAGCUGUCUCAUCGAUCUUGGCAGUCAUCCUCGGGGAAAACAAGAAGAAAAAAAAAAGGAAAAAGAAGGUUCAAGGCUGAUAGUGAAGCUAUUCCCAGCGUCCUAAAUCCCAUCGCAUAGCUUGGCAUUACUCGCCCACCCAGGUUUGGCCCACAAGGCAUCCCGGAUGGCAUUUAACCUGACAAGGGAGCAUAAAGACAAUUUAGCAUUUCCACCCCAAAUUUAGAUACACACAAGCAAUUUAGGCAUUGCAACAUACCAACGCAUUGGGACUGACAGCUUCACAGCCCCAUUGCUGGCAUUGCCGAAGGCCAAGGGCGGGUCUCCAAUUGGAACAUCUGCGUAGUAAACCGCAAACUAUUUCAUUUUUGCCCAUAAACACAAUUGUUUCUAUAACGAUUUGCAAAGAUCUUUUUGCAGCCACCACCCCGGAGGUCAAGAGCUUACUCGCCCAUCCUACCAAUGUAAUUUAGGAAAUCCCCCAAAAGCGCUGGAUUGACUCGACUUGGUAGCGAUAUUAGAAUCAGCGCAAACCUUCUAGUAAGGAAUGUAAAGCGGCGGGGCAGAGAAAUAAUUUAAUUUUAUCUCCCUUCCAUUCCCACCUUUGUGUUACCUCCCUAUUG